ACCCAUAAAAUAAUAAUAAUGCAACCAAUCUCCACGACCCAAUUUACAGGGAGGCAAUUCAAUUUUUAUUUUCUUCCUCAAAUCCAAUCUCUCUCUCCAACAAAAUCCAACCCUAGUUCGUCUUCACUGCCGCCUUCAACAAUCCUUUCAACCCACAAUACCCAAAUCCAAACUGAAAAUUCAUUUCUAGAAGGACUUUGUUGUUUGCUGUAGAUUCGAUUUUCUUUCUUUUUUGUUGGGAAAGUUCUAUUUUUUGGUGGUUUGACCAGCAAUGAAAGAAGGUAAAUCGACUAAAUUGAAUAAUCACCAGCUACAGCAACAUCAAAACGGCCACUUGUCUCCUUUCAAAUUUGCUAAAUUGUUGGAUCCAGAGGCUUCUUGGGACAAGGAUCAAUUGGGUGAUGUCUUGCAUUGGAUUAGGCAAAUAGUGGCCCUUGUGUGUGGAUUGCUUUGGGGUGCCAUACCUGUGGUUGGGGGCAUAUGGAUUGCCGUUUUUCUCUUGAUAUCUUCUGGGAUUAUAUAUGGUUAUUAUUCAAUGAUAUUAAAGGUUGACGAGGAAGAUUUUGGUGGUCAUGGUGCUCUCCUUCAAGAGGGGCUUUUUGCUUCUAUUACUCUCUUUCUGCUCUCAUGGAUUCUAGUAUAUAGCUUGGCACACUUCUGAUUCGCUUGGUACACCAAUUUGGCUGGCUUGUGCGUUCACUGGGUUAAAUCGUUGUGUGAUCUUAAUCAGUUGUAUGAGGCACCGUUACUUAUGCUCUGAAAAAAAUGAGAAAGUUCUUGCCAUUAUUAUCACUUAGCUAUUCCAUGAUUGUGUAACAUCUUGAUUUUGGGGUGCAUGAAAAAUGCAAACUUCUCGUUGAUGAUAAAUCAGUGUUUUAGUUCAGGGUUGUCAUAAAUGUCUCACCAGAGGUUGCAAUUUAUGGGUUGCACAUCUGGCAAGCAAAAUUCUGAAUUGGUUCAUUUUGAAUGAUUAAUGCAGCUUGUAGAUAGGAAGUAUUAUUUGUUUUUCUUCCA